CACCACCACCACCACCAAAUCCCGACGGCUUGCUCUCUUCCACAUUAUCCAGGGUUGUGAGGACGGUGAAGCCUCGCAAUUGGACAGGUCCCGACUUCCUUGGAGAUAAUCCCAGUGCGUUCCAUCAUGAAGGGUGCAGAGUGGGAAUGGGCGAGGCUGACCGCCCUACUGUUUAUUGCACAAGUCGCCGCUGCGAUGAUGCUCCCCAAUGUUACUUCAGAACUGGAUGCAAUGCUGGCAAAGUUUUUACAAGAUCGCGAAGAACGCUUGGCAGCGGAAACAAACCAUAAAGCUGCUGGUAUUUUAGAUCUACUCAAGUCAAAUUAUACGUAUUCACAUGAACCCCCGAGGAAUUCCAGAAGAACAAAGAGAUCUAUCACAGAUAAUGAUAGACAAAUAAUCUUGGAUCUGCAUAAUAAACUGAGAAGUCAAGUAUCACCAAGUGCAUCUAAUAUGGAAUAUAUGACGUGGGACGUUGAACUGGAAAGGUCUGCAGAAUCCUGGGCUUCACAGUGUCUCUGGGAGCAUGGACCUGGUUAUCUCCUACCAUCUAUAGGGCAGAAUCUGGGUGUACACUGGGGCAGAUACCGGCCUCCUACAUUUCAUGUUCAAGCUUGGUAUGAUGAAGUCAGAGAUUUUGUAUAUCCUUAUCCACAAGAAUGUAACCCUUGGUGUCCCUUUAGAUGUGUUGGUCCAGUGUGCACCCAUUAUACCCAGGUAGUAUGGGCAACAAGUAACAAAGUUGGCUGUGCCAUGAAUUUGUGUAUAAACAUGAAUGUCUGGGGCCAGGUGUGGCAACAAGCUGUCUACCUAGUUUGCAAUUACUCUCCGAAGGGAAAUUGGUGGGGCCAUGCUCCUUAUAAACAUGGGUCUCCUUGUUCAGCCUGUCCUCCAAGCUAUGGAGGAGGCUGCAGAGAUAACCAAUGUUACAAAGGUGAUGAACCAGGUCCAUAUUAUUCUCCUUCGGAACCAGAGGAGGAAACUAAUGAGGUUGAAAGACAAGCGACUAAACCUCAGGAAACACCAUCGAAUCCAUGGACACAAACCGAAUCCACAAGAACAGAGCACCUUGAUGCAAAUGAGAUUAUAAAUACCCAGCAAAUGUCUCAGUUGGUGUCCUGUGAAACCAAACUACGCGACAGAUGCAAGGGAACUACUUGUAAUAGAUAUGAAUGCCCAGCUGGUUGCUUGUACAGUGAAGGAAAAGUAAUUGGGACUCUGCAUUAUGAUAUGCAAUCAAGCAUUUGUAGAGCUGCAAUGCAUUAUGGAGUACUGGACAACGAUGGUGGUUGGGUAGAUAUUACGAGACAAGGGAAGAAGCCAUUCUUUAUAAAAUCUAACCGAAACGGGGUCCAAUCGGUUGGUAAAUAUAGACCUGCCAAUUCAUUUACUAUCUCUGAAGUACCAGUUCGAUCGGCUACCUGCCAGACUAAAGCGUAUGAAAUUUGCACGUUCAAAAAGCCAUUUUCACAUUGUCCGAGGAUGUAUUGUCCAUCAAACUGUAUGGAAGAAAAUCCACAUCUGGCUCGGGUAAUUGGUACCCGAUUCUACUCUGAUAGAUCCAGUAUUUGCAGAGCAGCGGUACAUGCUGGGGUCAUUCGUAAUUAUGAAGGAGGUUACAUUGAUAUGAUGCCAGUUGAGAAAAAGCAACGCUAUUUUGGCUCGUACCAGAAUGGAAUAUUCUCGGAAAGCCUGAAAAAUCCACCUGGAGCCAAAGCAUUCAGAAUAUUUGCAAUCAUUUGACUCCGGUCAAACGUAACCACGUUUAAUACAGGACUUGGAAGAAGCAAAGGAAAGUGUUUCAACUAUUUCCUGUGGUUUUUUUUGCUGUGUUAGGAUAUUGGCAGAAACAGUUUUAUCUAUUGCAAACCAAAACUUUCUGCACCAUGUAUUAAGGAAGGGUAAUGCAGAAAGUUAAGACCAUAUAAGCAGUAAUUAUAUUAAUAAUGGAACUGCCCCAUAAACAAAAUGAAUUAAAAAUUUAAAAUUGCUGUUGUUUAACAGCAUGCUGCUAACUCAAUGACACAACCAAUUGUUAAACACCAAGGUUCAGACUGAAACCCAUGAUUAGGUUGAACUAAUCUAGUGCUUUAAGAACCUGGCAGUUAUUCCUGCAGGCCAGGAAAUUAAUUGAUGAUAAUAUUGUAUUUUUGGUAGAGUAAUCAGCUUGUACAAUCAUGGGAGAGGAGUGAAAGACAUAUUUUCAGGGUGAUGUUUCGCAUCUAUAAGUAGAAGCCAGUAGCUUCUAAGUAUCAGAGUGUCCAACUGAAACAAGCCUUGAACUGAUAUCCUAAUAUUUGUAUUGGGGCCGUUAUAACUUUAUCAACUAAACAGAGCUUGCCCCUUUCAUGUUAUCCAGUUGUCUUUGGGUCUCCAGCUGGAGACCCCUUACUGCGUAUGUAUCCGUUAAAUCAAGUAGAUUAGGAGUUUGCCUCUUGUGUUUUCUAAAGUAUUGUGCAUCAUUGAAAGUCCCUUCAUUCCCCCCCCACCUUGAAAUUUUACCCAUGUCUCCUGACACCUCCCUGCAGCCUGUCUCAGUGCCAGAAUCAGCUCAUCAUUUGAGCUGCAUUGGAAUACUCAAUUGACAUCUGCAGCAUAGAAGGCCUGAGGCCCAGUUUUGAGCAGACCUCAGGCAGUCUCCUUGGGGUUAUGUUCAGUUAGUGACACCAUUUCACACCAGACUUUAUCACCAUUUCCAGUCACUUGGCCAAAAUGACAAAUUGGAAUGUAUAAAUCAGAAAUUCAAAGUAAUUGAAUCAAUGUCCAAACAAAAUUAGCAUACGCUAUACAUAGAUGGAACAACAUAGAUUAUGAAGUAUGCCUUUUGAAAGUAAGCUCGCUAAUAUACAUUCUGCUAUUUAGUAUGUGAAACAUAGUAUAAUGUUGAUAUUUGUUUUUAAGAAAACUAUAUUGCUCACAAACAGCAAGCUGUUGGAAGUUAUUUAAGUUAUUUUGUUACAUGUUAAAAUUGCCUUUUGUACUUGUAACUUUUAAGUGUUUAUAAACUCUGCCUUUCAAAGUUCAAGUUAAAUCAUAAAUCUUUUGAACUUUAAAUGUUUAUGAAGUCUGCCUUUUAAACAAAACUGUCUGCCAUUAUGUAUCUUUACUACCUCAGAUACUAUACCUUUUUGUAGUUUUUGUGCUUACACACAUUUUUGUAGUCAAAUCUGCGUUUAUUUUCUCAUUUUGAAUUAAAGACCCUGUAAACAAUAAAUAUUGCACUGCUCUUGUUCAUCUAGUUUCCGUAAUUUGUACAUGGAAGAUGUUUCUUUUUAUAUUCCAGACAGUUCUCUUUUACCAUAUCCGUUUUGUUUUUGGAGGAAAUGAAUUAACAUUUUAAAAAAUUAUUUUAAACAAGUUAUUUUAGUAAAUCUAUGAAAAAUGCAGUUUAAAAGCGCCUUUAUAAAAAAAUUUCUGAUUAUAUUAUAUGGUGCGAUCAGAACUGAAAGGAUUUUGUAUCACCUUGCCAUUCUGUAACUGUUGGCCUCUUUUCCACACCAAUACAGUGUGUGAAACGUUUAUUAAAUAUACAAAUUUCUGUGUUGAUAUAUUUGAUGUUGGAACCCUUAAAAUUAUAUGUUAAUCUGCCUUUUUGUGCUUUUCUAUGGCUUGCAAUAGCUGGUUUGAAAACUGACAACCAGUUGUAUCUGACUCUUGUACCCAAUUUAUUAAUACUUUAUUAAAAUCACAAAUUUCACAGCAGCUCGGGAUUAUUAGAAAUAUUUAUUAAACUAUUUGUACUGCUCUAAUAAUAAACAUCAGUGCUAUACUUGGUUUAAUAUAAUGCUGUUAAGAAAAAUUGAGUAGAUUUUUACCUGGCCCUGUACUGCAGGA